AUGAACUCGCUCCCGGCCGGUAUUCUGCUUCAAGCCCCCACCAACACCCCCGUCUGGCCAAGUGCUGUCCUGUUGCAAUUGCCCGAUAUCCCUGUCCCGCCCGCCACCUACCUUCAGAUCCCACCUGUUGCUGUCGAGCUUAGUGACCAGAACGGCAACCAACAAAGCCAUAGGAUCCAUCCCCUACUCCACCUCAUCCCGGACGUACGGUCUACGCCCAUUGACAAUUUGGCUAACGAGAUCCUGUUGAGUGUUUUUGAAUAUUGCCUCACCCUCAGAGACGGAGAACCGAAGGAGAAACUUAAAAUCUUGCUUUCCUUGAGUCGUGUCUGUCGACGAUGGAGGAUGCUGGUGACCACCACUCCCACCUUUUGGAAUGCCAUUUACCUGCGCCGAUUUGCGAGAUACCCUGGAGAGCUUUAUUGGCAUCGGGAUGACCGUUUUGAUCGUUGGGUCCACAAAUCUGAACAGCUCUUUCAACGUACUGGGCCUGGUCUCCCUCUAUCCGUGACGAUGGAUCUCAAAACUGGCACAUCUGGGACCGAGACGAUUGAUCCACGAAUCUUCUCCACUGCUGGGCAAUGGGAAGAACUCGACAUUACCCUCACCAUUUCCACUCUCUACUUGGUCGACUACCUUUCUGCCAUGAGUUCAGAGACCAUCGGGAUGAACCUCAAGGCGUUGAAGUUUACUUUGAAGCUACCGGACUAUAGAGGCCUUUGGCACCCCUUGGACACCCAGAGAAUGAUUUUAGAAGGCAUGAAAGCGUUUCUUCGUUCGACCCCGAGGCUUUACCUUGAUCUUCCAGCGCUGCCGUCACUUCCUUGCCCCCUCUACCUGAGAAACGUGAUCACUUGGCCCGAUUUGACUCACCUCCACCUUCGCACCAUGAACGUUUCAUUCUUGCACGUCGGCGACAUCCUCACUCUUUCACCUAACUUGGUAUAUCUCAACAUCUGGGUAGCACCAAUCGCCGGGACAGCCCCCUAUAUCAUCGCUCGGGGAACCGUCAAGCAUCCCAAACUUCAAACUUUCCAUUUACUAUUCGGUGAUCUCCAUCCCGAUGCACUCGUUUUCAGCGCUAAUCUGGAGUUACCUGCUUUAAAGUCCCUCGGACUUUUUAUCACACAACCACCCGCCGGCGUAUAUGCAAACUGCAGCGUAAUUGCUCGCCAGACUUUCUUGCCGACAUUCAUCUCUCGCUUUGGCCAACAAUUGGAGAUACUGUUCUUGGAAGAGGCUGCACCGUAUCCCGAUAUGCUCAAUCCUUUCCUUAACUCGACCCUUGAAGACAUCGCAUGCGCCACACCAAACCUUGUUCAAUUCCAAUUGAAAUGUGCUACUCUAUCAAAGCCGCUUGAGCUCGGGCUGGACCUUCUUGCCACCACACUUCCCUCCAACGAUCUAGGGUGCGCUUGGGCUGGGAUUGUGACGAGGACCCGCAACAUCUUCUUGGGAAAGCUCAUAAUUCACUCCCUCUGGCCUAAGCUCCGCUUCUUCCGCUGGGACGGGAACAAGGCUACGGACUUGAGCGACACCGUGCUUCUCGACUUCAUGCGUUCCCGUUCUGAGAAGAGCGUCUAUCGAGAUGUACGAGUUUCGCCGUUGGAAGAAGUCGUUGUCAGCCUUGCUCGGAGGGCGAGGAGUCUUCUCGACCUCUCCGACCUGUCGAUGUGGUAUGAAAUCGAAUAUUUGACCAGCUACUACGGGAGUCACGGUGAUUCCAGCAUUCCCGUGAAGAAUGUUUUGGAGCGACGAGACUUGGAAGACCGUGGCUUCGGUUGGCGGGGUUGA